AUGGUCAAGGCAUCGCAUAUUUUUCCAUGGAAACAUGGGCAGGCAACAAUGGAUGCUAUUUUUGGAGAAACCAGACAAUCUGACACGUUCUCGGAAGGAAAUGGCCUCCUAAUGCACACAAGGCUAGAAGAAGCCUUUGACAAAGACGUGCUCGGCAAGGACCGAGAGUUCCGGGUCAAAAUCCUGGACCCCGAAUGGAACAAACUGAAUAAGCCGGUUGCGUUGGGCCUGAAAACAUUCCGGGAACUAGACGGCACAAAGCUGGAGUUCUCCAAUCCAAACAACCCCAAAGUCAUGCACAGACCUGCAGCAAGAUAUCUGUACUUUCAUUACUGCAUGCAAGUCCUUCAGAAGGCAUGGCAAAGCCGAGAAUGGCAGAUCUUUCUGGGGGACCAAAGGCAGAUAUCUCCUUCGCAACAUGCUCUUAGCGUUUGUCGAAGAGCUUGGCCAUGA